GCUCUCUGGAAAAGCCAAUCUAAAUUCUACAAUUCUACAGACAAAAAUGAAAGUUCUUCACUUCUUGGCUCCAAAUUCACCAAAACCCGCCAUUACCGAUCUCAAGCCACAAUCUUUAUCGACAACAACACAAACCCAGAUCGCAUAUCGCCCGAACAAACGAUCUCUAACGAUAAGUUGCUCAAGAGACAGCAACGAUAACGGUAACAGUAGCAGUAACGGAGACAAUGGUGAACCGAAGGUGGUGGCUCGGCCAGAUCAGCCGUUGGAAGGUAAGGAGAUAAGGUUCAGACGCGGGUCGAGGAGGAGAAUGAGGGAAGAAGGGGUAAGGAAGACGGAAACGGCUUCGUCUUCGGAGAGUGAAGUUAAGAAGACAUGGGAGGAGAUGACAGUGAUGGAGAAGGCGAUGGAGGUUUACGUGGGAGAGAAGGGUUUGCUGUUUUGGCUUAACAAAUUUGCUUACGCAUCGAUCUUCAUAGUAAUCGGAGGAUGGGUUCUUUUCCGGUUUGUCGGGCCGUCCUUGAAUCUUUAUCAGCUCGACACGCCUCCUCUCGCUCCGACCAACAUGCUCAAGGGUUAGCAGCAACCUGUCUGUUUGGACUUUCAAAAACCUGUCUGUCUGCAACUCUGUGUUUGAGUUCCAUGAAAACAUUUUAAAAGUGAUAGUGAGUUGUGGGGUAGUGAAAACAUCAUUGCCCAAGUCGAAAUCGGAAACCAGAUUUGUGAGAUUUCAAUGGAAGAACAUGGGAUGGAAUUGUUUAGGACACUUGCAUAAACAAAAACAUCAUUGCCUGCACUUUUUGCACACUUCUCUCUUGUAUAA